AUGUUUUUACUAUUAUGCUUCUCCUGGCCAAAGUUCAAGAGAGAGAAUAAGAAUUUUGGUAUUGAUUCUGUUAAGGUGCCAAAGAAAAGGACUGUAUAUAGCUCCACAACUUUCGAAUCAAUUCGAAUUAAAUUAGAUUUCCAAUAUUUUGAUGGAACAACAUCAGACCCACUUAAGUGUCAAAGUGAAGGAGAUUAUAUAACUUGGAAUGGUGAAACAUUUCAAUGCAUAGCUUCUGAUAUUCCUAAUUCAACAAAAAUCGCAGCAUUUAAAGGAACAAUGACAAACAUUGGGAAUUAUUUAGAAAAACUCCUUAAAGUUCUUCCUAGUACUGAUCCAAUUUCAUUAGAAUCUGACUCUAUAAGAGAACAAUCCAUAGUUCAAGGAACAAACAUCACAGAUACAGAUCUAUAUUUAGUAUUUUUCUUAAGACCAUUUUCCAAUGCAGUACGUUCUUCAACUACGGUUUCCUUUAAAGAGCAAACGUACUCCAGAUGUAUUCAAGCGAAUUUCUAUAUGAAUCAAGAAAAUUUACCAGAUACUGUUCAAGGUGAAGAUACUUCAAUCAACGGUGAUUUUUAUAGAAUCCUUAGAAAUGUUUUGAAUGCUGUUGCGCUUUCGGAUAGUUUCAUCAAUAAAUUCCAUCCAAAAUAUGAUUCCACUGUCUAUGAUUCCAUAGUUUGUAAUCUUACAAAAUAUGGAAAGACAUUCUCUGUCUUAACAACUCCUUAUGCUCAUUACUACGCAAUGAAGAACUAUGGAAAUGAAACAUUCUAUGGCGAUGAUAAAACAUGUCCAAGUGGCAUUAUUAUUGAGGAUAGUGGCCCUUCACCAGGUGAUGGCGCAGAAUCUACCAUCUACUACACUGAUAUCAGCAAUUCUGAAUCAACACAAGGUGACUAUGGCAAAUUCAGAAGAGUUACUGAUGUUACAAUGGCAUUCCUUUUGGAUAGUGGACACUAUGAAGUAAAUUGGUCAAUGGGGCAACCACUUAUUUGGGGAAAUAAAGAUUCAAUUGAUGGAAACUAUAUCUCAGGAUGGCCACUAUCUCCACCAGAAACUGCUCUACCUGACAACUACUUUUAUGAUCCAUCUUCAACUCAAAGCAAUGUUGGUUAUGACUUCAAUACAUGGGGAACUCCUACAACUCAAGUUGUAAAUUGCACCAAUCCAUCUUCCUUAGCUGAUAUUCAUUAUUGA